ACAGGUCCAAGCCACAGGAAAGAGCUGCGGGGGCGAGCGCCAACUCCAGCUGGAACCCAGAGACCGCGACGCGCUGGGGAAGCGCCCCAGGGCGAGGAAAAAAGAGGGACAUCCCCCACGCAGCGGUUCUGCAAGUGCAAGUCCCGGUCCUCGAGGCGAAAACCAAGCGGCCCGCCGGUGCCCAACCACCCUGUGACCCUCGAUCCGGCUUCCGGGGCCGCAGAGCGCACAGAGAGGAGGCGCCGAGGCAGGCAUCACCAUGGCAGCCCAGAAUGGAAACACGAGUUUUGCACCCAACUUUAAUCCACCCCAAGACCAUGCCUCCUCCCUCUCCUUUAACUUCAGUUAUGGUGAUUACGACCUCCCUAUGGAUGAGGAUGAGGACAUGACCAAGACCCGGACCUUCUUUGCAGCCAAGAUCGUCAUCGGCAUUGCACUGGCAGGCAUCAUGCUUGUCUGUGGUGUCGGUAACUUUGUCUUUAUCGCUGCCCUCACCCGCUAUAAGAAGCUGCGCAACCUCACCAAUCUGCUCAUUGCCAACCUGGCCAUCUCCGACUUCCUGGUGGCCAUCAUCUGCUGCCCCUUCGAGAUGGACUACUAUGUGAUCCGGCAGCUCUCCUGGGAGCAUGGCCACGUGCUCUGUGCCUCCGUCAACUACCUGCGCACCGUCUCCCUCUACGUCUCCACCAAUGCCUUGCUGGCCAUCGCCAUUGACAGAUAUCUUGCCAUCGUUCACCCCUUGAAACCACGGAUGAAUUAUCAAACGGCCUCCUUCCUGAUUGCCUUGGUCUGGAUGAUAUCCAUUCUCAUUGCCAUCCCAUCAGCCUACUUUGCAACAGAAACCGUCCUCUUCAUUGUCAAGAGCCAGGAGAAGAUCUUCUGUGGCCAGAUCUGGCCUGUGGAUCAGCAGCUCUACUACAAGUCCUACUUCCUCUUCAUCUUUGGUGUGGAGUUCGUGGGUCCUGUGGUCACCAUGACCCUGUGCUACGCCAGGAUCUCCCAGGAGCUCUGGUUCAAGGCAGUCCCUGGGUUCCAGACAGAGCAGAUCCGCAAGCGGCUGCGCUGUCGCAGGAAGACGGUCCUGGUGCUCAUGUGCAUCCUCACGGCCUACGUGCUGUGCUGGGCACCCUUCUACGGUUUCACCAUCGUACGCGACUUCUUCCCCACCGUGUUCGUAAAGGAAAAGCACUACCUCACCGCCUUCUACGUGGUCGAGUGCAUCGCCAUGAGCAACAGCAUGAUCAACACCGUGUGCUUUGUGACGGUCAAGAACAACACCAUGAAGUAUUUCAAGAAGAUGAUGCUGCUGCACUGGCGUCCCUCCCAGCGGGGGAGCAAGUCCAGCGCCGACCUUGACCUUAAGACAAACGGGGUGCCUGCCACGGAAGAGGUGGACUGUAUCAGGCUGAAGUGACCCACUGGUGUCACACAAUUGAAAACCCCAGUCCAGUACUCAGAGCAUCACCCACCAUCAACCAAGUUCACAGGCUGCAUGGGAAACGACAUCUAUGCUCAUGUCUCCCCAGUGCCCUCAAGAAGCUGAAUGCUGCAAAGUCAUAACAUGCAAUGAGACUAGACAUGAACCACAGCAGCUGACAUUUACUGAUAUCUGCUCAACACCUGCUGUGUGCACAAUCCCAGCAAGAUUAGACAUAAGGAACAGCAACAGACAUGGACUGAACAUCCACUGUGUGCAAACCACACCAAUAAGAUUAGACGGGGACAGCGGGAGCUGACGUUUACUGACUACCUACUGUAAUCAAAAACAUUUGAUUUGAUUACAAUCAAAAAACAUUAAAAAAAAAAAAACAGAACAAAAUGGCAGAAGCUAUUGGAGUCCCCAAGCUAUCUCCAGAUAUACAGAUAGCUCACCUUCCAUCUUCCCAAAUUCUGUAUCUUAUCACUGCAGGAACCUCAAAAGGCUAUAGUCUGAGCAUGAUGGCUCAUGCCUAUAACCCCAGCACUUUGGGGGGCCGAGGCAGGUGGAUCACUUGGGGUCAGGAGUUCAACCCACUGUGGCCAACAUGGUGAAACCCUGUCUCUACUGAAAAUAUAAAAUUAGCCAGGCGUGGUGGCACAUACCUAUAAUCCCACCUACUCGGCAGGCUGAGGCAGGAGAAUAGCUUGAACCUGGGGGUCAGAGGUUGCAGUGAGCCAAGACUGCUCCACUGUACUCCAGUCUGGGCAACAGAGAGAGACUCUGUCUCAGAAAGAAAGAAAAAAGGCUAUAGAAGAAGGCCCUUAGACACAAUGGAAAUGUAAGAAUAAGUUUGUCAGUGUGGGGUUUACAGCAUCAUGGGAGGAGUGUUAAAGCCAUCACAUUGAACUUUCCCACCCACCUCCUACUGCCUCCCAGGACAUUCUCUAGGAUUUUGGCUUCAAGAAAACAAACCUUAUAGUCAAGCCAGCCUGAUAUGGUUACCCACAAUGGUGUAAUUUCAAAGGAAAAAAACUAAAAAUCACUUUCCCACUGAUGCUUGAAAGCUUAUUUUAUUUUGGUGGAGUUGGGUAAUCCUGAGGUGUCAGUUUUUGACACCUCAGUGCAAAAGAUGUCAGGAGCUCUGGGGUCAGAGCAGAAGAGGAUAGAGAAAAAAGUGGAGGUUGCCACUGGCAAUGAACAAAAUCUGAGUGGGCAUUUUGCUAAGGACUGAACCACUUUUCUAGAGCAUGCCUUCUUUUACAAAAGGAAUUCUACCUGGAAUCUAAAGACCUGGGUUCAGGUCCUAACUCUAAGACUCGUCCUAAACUUAUGAUGUUUUCUCUCUGGGUCUCAGUUUUGCUUCAAUGAAAUGGCAAUGAUGAAAAUACUUGCUCUGCCUACCUUGCAGGACCAUUGGGAAAGCCCAUUGAGGUCAUGAUUUGUGAAUGUGUUUUUCAACUGUGCACAUGAUGAGAAUGGAGAAGUGAUAUUGAACAGUUUAUUUGGAGGGAGUUUAUCUAGAAACCCCAUCCACUGUGAUUUAUUAGAGAAAUACCCCCACUUUUUCAUCCCUGUUCUUUGGACUAAAGAUCCUGAACUCUUCACAGUGUACUCUGUCUACAGUGAGGCAAAAAGGAAUCCCUGUUCUUGGUUAUAAUCAGGGAAAUUUAACCUGAGUCUCUGUGACCCCAAGACUCUCAGCAUCCCUAUGGUGGUCUUACAAGUGUUGACAGUCUUCCCUGCAUGUUGCAAAAUAGCACCCUAGCACUGCAUAAAUAUAACUUCUGAAUCUGUUUGUAUUAUUAUACAUUUGUGGUGACUGUAGGUAUACGUCCUCAUUUCUUCCUGAUUCAGUUUGAAGCGGUAGCUAUACAAAUAGUACCUGGUGUGGGACUGAUCCAUCCAUAUUUGGUCAAUUCCUAAUUUUGUGUAGAGAAGGAAUUAGUUGCUUGUUUGUUUUUAUUAUUUGUUGGUUUCUCCAACUGAAGUUUCAACCAACAUUUCUUUCUAUCACCUCCCAGGAGACCCACCUUCAGCUCAAUCAUUGUACCCUCACAAAAUGCAGGCCGACACGGUGGUUCACACCUGUAAUCCCAGCACUGUGGGAGCCCAAGGUAGGCGGAUCACCUGAGGCCAGAAGU